UGUUCUCGAACCUUUUUGUAAGUAUUGAUGGAUUUCUCACUUAUGUAGACACCGAAAUAGCAUGCCUUCGGAAGAAAAAAACAAGUUAAAAUGGGUAUUUUAUAUUGAAGCUUACAUUUCUGCUGCCAAUGGUUAUUUCUGAUGAUUUUCAGUUCACAGUCACAGUUGCAUAGAGCUAUACCAACGCAAGGAUCACCUGAGCUAUUUGACAUUCUUAUUUUACUAGGGAGGAAAACCUGUUGAGUGUUAACUGUGAUUUGGAUGGUCUAUCUUGGCCUAAACUAACAGGUGAAGGAGGAAGCUGGACUCUGUAGUUAUCCGCAUUGUUGUAGCCUACAGGAACGUGUGAUUGCUACUUUAGGGUGGCAAUAUUAUGCAAAUCGACAUAUUUUUUGAAGGAGAUUUGACAAAAUUAAAAAAUGAGAGAAUUGAUACUAAUGUAAUCAACUUUUUAGCAUGCAUGAUAAAACUUUAAUGUUUGCAAUGGCACAAAUUGAUAGUUUUGCUUGUUUCAAGUUUCAACAGAAUCCUUUAUUUUCAUUGGUUUUUUCUCAAAGUGAUGUGUUAAGGAAAUAAAAUCCUUGUUUGAAGAAUGGACCUGAUAUGUGCAUCUAAGAUGGGAAUUGUUAAUGACAGAAAAAUCGUGAAAUGUUUGAACCAUUUAUUGAGGAUGAUGUGCCGUUCGAGGAGUAUUGCAAAACCAUGGACAAUGAUGGCACGUGGGCUGGUCAUAUGGAAUUGCAAGCAGCUUCUCUUGUUACACGGAGUAACAUUUGCAUUCAUCAGAUCUUAUCAUGAUGAGGAACAUUACAACAGUGUGAGGUUGAAAGAAGACACCAGAGAUGGGCCAGCUAGGCCAAUUACAAUCAAGGCCGAUUCUAAUCUCUCAUCGUCCUCUUGCCAAGCAAUAGCUGGGUCAAACAAAUCUAAAUCAGGAGCUGGUAAGGAUAUUACUGAUGCAGGAUCCAUCAAGCUAGUCAUGGCUGGAUGUGGUUGUGAGAACAUUGAGAAAGUUGAGCAGACAUUGCUGCAAAUGGAUGGGGAUGUUGAUGCCGCCAUAGAGUAUUUGAUAGCAGAACAAGGCAUUGAAGAUUUUGCAGAGGAAACUGUCUGGUCUCCCUGCAACACAGAUGCUUCUCAUGGUGAUGAUGCCAAUGGAAAUUCUGAGGAACAGAGAAAGGAACCUGUGGAAGAGACCUAUAAAGAGAAUCCACCUGGCAGUAGUGCUAAACGGAAUCAUGAUGGUGGCAGUGCCCAGCGAGAAGACAAGGAAAUGCAGAAAAUCCCAAGAAACGAGGCUUGUCCAUGUGGUUCAAAAAAGAAAUACAGGUCCUGUUGCGGGUCGGGGACAGGGAAAAUCUCUGCAAUUUCCAAUGAUCAAGCUCUUGAAUCCAGAAAAAGUAGAAAGGAAAAGAAGCGAGGCAAGAGAGGGUCUGACACAUCCGCACUUUCUAUUGGAUCUGAUGGAGGGCCACCUGAUGUUGGGGCUCUUUGUAUCUGAUCUUUUGCCAGUGUGUGUGCACAAUCAUCUAUUGAAUUCAGAUAUCAGUAUGUGUGCAGUCUUUCAAAUGUUAGGUUAGAUUAGACACAAUUUUUUUCUAUCUAUAUUUGCAUGUUUUUGAUGCAUGCAUCUCUUCUUUGAUCUUCAGGAUAAGUGCACUUUCUAGUUAUCCACCUGUUGCCAAAUUUAGAAAGAUCUACAGUUACAAGAUUUUUCAAUGGUGUCACUUUUAUUGGAUAGUUUGCCCGUCUGGUGCAUUUUAUACUGGCAA